AUGUUUGCUGAUGAUAUCAGAAUCUAUUGUGUUUACGACAGUCAUGAGCAACCACAAAGACAUAAACUGCUAAGCCUAUCCACCGAGAAGAUGUUAGAAUGCACUGUCAAGGACCUGGGGAUUCUUUUUGAUGUACGGCUGGGAAUUGAUGAGCACAUUGAGAUGGUCGCGAAAAAGGCCAUCAGGUGUCUUUUCCUGGCAUUAAGGAAUGUGCAAUGUAAUGACCCCAGUCUCCUUGUCAGGCUAUACAACAUUUACAUCCGACCUAAUCUAGAGUAUGGAUUCAUUGUGUGGAGUCCCUGGAUGAAAAAAACACGAGAACAGGUUGGUAGGAGUUCAAAAAACGUUUACAAGACUCGCGUCCUACAGGCACUUCCAGUCUACCAAGAUCGCCUGAGAGCGCUAAUGUGGAAUCACAAUCCAUUACAAGAAAUUAGAGCGAAUCGUUUCAAUGCUGUGUUUCAUUCUUUCUUUUUCCGAGCGGCCAGGUGGUUGCGCAUGCUACCCCGUGAUACGCUUUCCUUUAGUAAUUCGAAAGAGUUCAAAACGAAAUCUGAUAUUUCCAGAAUUCUGAAAGUUGAGGAUGUACGGUAG